AUGACCCGUAGCCAGUCGGGAGAUCUACUACCACUAGACCAGGAGCUUGAACGAACCUGCAGAAACUUCAAGCGGGCUCUAAAGGCGCGACUGGCUGCGGAGGAGGCGCUAUCACAGCUGCAGUUAGAGGAGGAAGAAGAAGAGAUGGCUGAACCAGGGAACCAUGCUGUGAUCCCCGAGGAGCAGACCAUGGGCUCCUACUGGACCGCUAGGGCUGCGGACAUGAGGUCACCCAUUCAGCACCCUCAGGUCCCAGCCAACAACUUUGAGGUGAGCACCUCCGUGAUCACCAUGCUGCGCGGUUCAGUAGUGUUCCGUGGUAAGGAGGGAGAGUGCCCUCGAUCACAUCUCAGGCGAUUCCACGAGCUCAUCGAUGGAAUCAAGAUCAAUGGGGUACCAGGAGAUGCCAUCCAGCUGAGGUACUUCCCAUUCACUCUGGAGGGGCAGGCCAAGGAGUGGCUAGACACUCGAUCUCCGGGCUCCAUCACCACGUUCGCCAACCUGGCGGACAAGUUCCUCACCCGCUACCAUCCUCCAUCCAAGACAGCUGACCUGCAGAAGCAAAUUACACAUUUUGCUCAGGAUGAGGAUGAGACCAUCAGGGAUGCAUGGGAGAGGUACAACAGUCUUUUCCUCAGGUGUCCCAAUCAUGGUUUCAACGAUGCGUUCAAGGUGGGCACCUUCUAUCACGCCCUCUUCCCGGAGGACAAGCAGCUGAUCGAUUCGGUUUGUGGCGGGAACAUGCUGACCAAAACCCCGCCACAGCUGAAUCAACUCUUUGAAGAGAUGGCGGAGAAUGGUUAUGAUUGGGGCACUGCCAGGAGAUCGAGGAGAGCACCAGGCCGGGGUGUGCAUGCUGUGGGCACCCAGUCAUCCGAUUUGGUGCAGGUAGUAUCGAAGCUGGUCUCAGCUAUCGAUCGUUCCGGGAUGAUUCCAGGGACCGGACAGCAGCAGGCGAUGCUCUGCCAGUGGUGCGAGAGCACCCAUCAUAUGGUGGAAGACUGCCAGGCGAUGAAGGAAUCGACCACACCCCAGGAGCAGGUGAACUUCAUCAACAAUGUCAGGCGCAAUGACCCCUACAGCAACACGUACAAUGAGGGGUGGCGCCAGCAUCCUAACUUCUCCUGGGCUGGGCCAAAUCCCAGACCACCAGCUCCACAGGGACCACCGGGCUUCCAGAGGCCACCAUAUCAGCCCAGACAGGGGCAAUUCCAGCAGCCAGGUGCAGCCCCUGCUGCCCCAGUGCAGAAUGAUCAGAUGGCUGAACUGCGGGACUUGGUGGGUUCUCUUGCCAGUGUUAGUGCUCAGAAAUUCAACACCUUUGAGCAAUUCAUGGAGAAGGCCUCGGGUCAACUCCUGGCUCUGGAAGCUGGUCAGAGGAAUACACGGGCUGUUUUGCAGGAUAUCCAGACCCAGCUGGGGAGCGUGGCCCAGGCAGUGGCUCAAAGGGCUCCUGGUACUCUACCAGGGCAGACCAUCCCUCACCCGCCGACCCCGAAUGAGCGCUGCAACGCCAUCAUGACCAGGAGUGGCAAGAUGACUGUUGAUCCCCCUGCUCGGGAACCGGAGAAAGAAAGCCCUGUCUUAGCGGCUCCAGCGGUUGAACAGGAAGUAGAGAAGGAAGUUGAGGUGCCUGCACCUAAACCGCAACCAGUAGUGAAGGAGUAUGUCCCUAAACUCCCUUUCCCUACUCGGUUGCACAAAGACAGGCUGGAGGCAGAGUUCGAGAACUUCAUGGCCAUGCUUAAGAAGCUGAAUGUCCAAGUGCCCUUCCUGGAGGCACUAUCGCAAAUGCCAAAGUAUGCGAAGUUUCUGAAAGAGCUUCUCUCAAAGAAGCAGAAGCUGAGUGAGCUGGCCACGGUAGAGCUCAGCGAGGAAUGCUCGGCUAUUCUGCAAAACAAGCUUCCGCAGAAGAAGAAGGACCCAGGUAGUUUUACUAUCCCGUGCUCUAUUGAUAAAUUGCAUGUAGAGAAGUCCUUGGCGGAUUUAGGUGCUAGUAUCAAUGUUAUUCCAUAUAAAUUGUUCAUGAAACUAGGCCUAGGUGAACCCCGUGCUACUAGGAUGACCCUUCAAUUAGCUGACAGAUCUGUAGUGCAUCCUAGGGGUAUAGUGGAAGACCUUCUGGUUAAGGUUGGCAAAUUCACAUAUCCCGUGGAUUUUGUUAUCUUGGACAUCAGUGAGGACACAGAAGUGCCUCUUAUACUGGGAAGGCCUUUCCUGGCCACCGCCAAGGCUCUCAUAGAUGUGCAUGAUGGGACCUUAGUUUUGAGGGAUGGCGAGGAGCGAAUAACGUUUUCUGUUGCUGAUACUAUACCUGCUUCGUCACCUCUUCAUGCUGUAUCUCACCAGGAGCACGAGUCUGUCGUGUAUCCUUCUGUGCUGCCCAUUUUGCAGGAACCGCCUCCCACACCUUCGCCGCCACUCCGGACCACUCCGUCACCCAAAGAACAGAUCAAGGAGGAGUGGCGGCCGAAACUGCAGGCAGCUAAGCCUGCUCGAAAGGAAGCCGGAGACCACUAUGAGCUGGUCCCGCCCCCUCCUUGGCCAUCCGAGUAUUCACUCGCUUGCAUCCUACCGGAUGGCCAAGUUGAGCUGGCGAAUGCAGGUGGCCACAUUCGUCGCGUGCAUGGCCACCAUUUGAAGCUGUACCUCAAGAGCGAUGUGGAUCCGCUCUUGAAGGCACCUGAUCCUACACUUCCCUGA